AUGUUACUUUUCUCUGGCCUCCCGCUCCUAACUAUACUUCCAUGGGUCUUUCACAUCUUCGGAUACCUUUCCAGCGGUAAUAAGUUCAACGCUCAACUCGCCGGGAAUGCCACAUUUGACUAUGUUGUUGUUGGAGGGGGCACAGCAGGUCUGACCAUUGCGACACGACUCGCAGAGCAGAAAUACAAGGUAGCUGUGGUGGAGGCAGGAGGCUACUAUGAGUACAAUUAUCCACUGGCUCGAGUCCCAGCAUCUUCCAGUUUCGGAGCUGGUGCUGAUGUCAAAACUAAGACGCCAAUCGACUGGGGGUCCGCAUCGAAUUUCAUGAUGUACCAGAGACCCUCUGUACAAUCUAUGGCUAAAUGGGCAGAACUUGUCAACGAUCCCAGUUAUCUUUACGAAAAUGCAUUGCCAUUCUUCAAGAAGACCGUCUCCUUUUCACCCCCAAUCGGAACUCGUUUCGCGAAUGCUACUCCUCUGUUCAACAGUACCGCAUUUGAUAAAGACGGCCAGCCGCUGCAAGUUUCAUAUCCAAAGUAUGCUACGCCUUUUGGCACAUGGGCAAAGGGAGGCUUGCAUGAUCUUGGCAUUGAAGAAGUGCAGGAUUUCAACAGCGGCUCCUUGAUAGGCCAUCAAUUUUGUGCAAUGACAAUCCGACAGUCGGACGCAUCUCGAAGCAGUUCUGAAUCCGCAUUUCUGCAAACAGGAUCCAAGCGUCCUUCGUGGACAUUGUAUCAGUUUACCAUGGCAAAAACGAUUCUCUUCGACCAUCGAAACCGAGCAACUGGCGUGGUGGUUCAAGAAAGAAAUCAAUUUGUCCUGACAGCAACACGAGAGGUCAUUCUCUCUGCCGGUGCUUUUCAAUCACCACAGCUCCUGAUGGUUUCUGGCAUUGGUCCUGCCAAUGUGCUCAGUACUUAUAACGUCAAAGUGGUCGUGGAUCUACCGGGAGUAGGUCAGAACAUGUGGGAUCAUGUGUUUUUUGGUCCCUCUUAUCAGGUUAAUGUGCCCACUUUGGGGAUGCUGAGAAACCAUUUUUGGUUCCUUCUCAGUCAGCUUCUAACAUGGGUUCUCCGAGGCAAUGGUUUCUUAACCAACCCAUCGACGGACUAUGUCGCAUUUGAGAAGCUUCCGCCGGAAUCCCGCUCUGGACUUUCUAGGACCGACGAAUAUGAGCUGGCUUGGUUUCCGAGUGAUUGGCCAGAAGUAGAGUAUAUCGCAGGAUCUGCAUACGUUGGAAACUUCUCAAAUCCAUUUGCCCAGCAGCCUCGGACUGGGCAGUAUGCUAGCAUUAUCGCGGUGCUGGUGGCUCCAACAUCACGGGGAAACGUGACUAUUCGUUCAUCUAAUACAGCAGAUGCUCCAGUUAUCAACCCCAACUGGUUAGACACGGAAACCGAUCAACGAGUUGCGGUCGCAGCAUACAGGCGGGUGCGCGAAGCUUUUCGGUCUCAGGCAAUGGCCUCUGUGAUUAUCGGGCAGGAGUAUUUUCCUGGGAAGGGUUAUGAAACCGAUGCUGAAUUAUUACAUAUUAUUAAAAGCACAGUAAUGACAAUUUAUCAUGCAGCUUGUACCUGCAAGAUGGGUAUCCAAAACGACAGCAUGGCUGUUGUCGAUAGCCGAGCAAGGGUAUUUGGGGUCGCAGGGUUGCGAGUUGUUGAUGCGAGCGCAUUUCCGAUCCUCCCACCAGGUCACCCUCAAUCAGCAGUUUAUAUGCUAGCCGAAAAGAUCGCGGCCGAUAUCAUUUCCAACGGAUCAGACUGA